ACGCGCAUUGCCUCCAUUCGACCUCUGUCAUUGUUUCAAGCUCAAUUGAUUCAAUCGUUCAUGAUGGCCACCUUCUCGAUACGCGCCUUCAUCCCGCCAUUGAGGCGAAGAUGCUUGCCCCGACAAAGCACGCGACGCUAUGCCGUUCAAUCUCCCGGAGCCCCAAUGAUGGAGAUAUUUAGUGCUCAGCAGAAGUGGAUGCAAAAGGAAAGAGCGGCAUCGGACAAGGAGACUAGUAGGGGCGUGGAUUACUUGAGAGACGAGGUAGCUUCGCGGUUAUGUGAGCGAGUUUUGGAUAUCAAUCGCCACUUCCCCAAAGUCCUGGACCUCGGAGCGAACGCAUGUAAUCUAGCUCGCGCACUCACACUUCCUUCCGAAGAUGCGCCAGACAAAGGUCCACGAUCGAAGCGUAUCGGUACCAUCAUAGCCGCAGACUCCUCCGAAACGCUGUUGUACCGAGAUGCCGACCUGCCUUUUAACAAGGAGAUUGACAUUGUACGAGAAGUCUUGCCAACGUCAGAGCUCCUACCGUACGAAGCGGAUACAUUUGAUGCUGUUUUGAGCAAUCUAAGCAUGCAUUGGAUCAACGACUUGCCGUCAGUGCUAGCCCAAGUCAACAAUAUACUAAAGCCGGACGGUCCCUUCAUUGGCGUCAUGAUGGGCGGUGAUAGUUUAUACGAACUUCGCACAUCCCUCCAACUAGCAGAGCUCGACCGACGAGGCGGCGUUUCGACGCAUACUUCCCCACUGGCAGAUGUUAAAGAUGUCGGUGGUCUACUACAAAAGGCUGGCUUCAACCUUCUCACCGUGGACGUCGAUGAUAUCGUAGUUGACUUCCCGGAUACCUUCUCACUAAUGAAAGACCUACAGGCCAUGGGCGAGUCAAAUGCCGUACUAUCGCGAGAAAAGGGCCCGAUACAGCGGGAUGUGCUUUUAGCUGCCGAGGGCAUAUACAAAGAACUACACGGCAACGAAGAUGGGACAUUGCCUGCAACAUUUCGAUUAAUCUACAUGAUCGGUUGGAAGCCUAGUGAGACGCAAGCGAAGCCAUUAGAGAGGGGCACUGCCAUGUUCAGUAUCAAAGACUAUCUAGAAAAAGACAAGAAGCCUGGAGAGGGGAAAGAGUAGAACAACAUAGUACCGAUGAAUACUUCUCACUGUAUACAACGCUUUUAGUCUGUUUGUC